AUGACUAAUAAAAUACAUAUUACAGGUAUACACAACACCAACAUGGUGAAAGCACGAAAAUACAUCGUCAAGAAAUAUUUUCAAGGUCUUCCGAAGAAAACUGACUACGAAUUUGUAGAACAGGAGCUUCCACCUCUAAAAGAUGGAGAGAUUCUGGCCAAAGCUGAAUGGAUCAGCGUAGACCCAUACAUGCGCGCUUAUAAUCCACAACAAAAACUACCCUAUGAUCAAAUUAGCUUCCAAGUGGCUUCUGUUGUUGAAAGUAAGAAUGCCGAUUAUCCGGUAGGAUCAAGAAUCGUUUCAAUCAGAGGUUGGGUCGAUUACACUGUCAUAGAUCCCAAAACUGAACAGAGAUUCUAUAAGCUACCGAACCUAGAUGGUCUGUCACCUUCUUUGGGAAUAGGUGCUGUCGGUAUGCCUGGUGUAACUGCCUACUAUGGUUUCUUAGACCUCUGUAAGCCCAAAGCAGGAGAAACUGUGGUCGUGACAGGUGCUGCUGGGGCUGUAGGCUCCCUUGUUGGCCAAAUAGCCAAAAUCAAAGGAUGCCGUGUCAUAGGCUUCGCAGGCUCCGAUGACAAAGUCAAAUGGCUAGAGCAGGAAUUGGGAUUCGACAAAGCCUUUAACUACAAGACAGUUGACGCCGCAAAAGCUCUAAAAGAAGCAGCUCCUAAGGGAGUUGAUUGCUACUUCGACAAUGUCGGUGGAGAACUUAGCAGUAUUAUCAUUAACCAGAUGAAUUUGCUCGGCAGAGUAUCUGUAUGUGGAAGUAUCAGUGCAUAUAAUGAAGAUCCUAGACAGCUGCCUAAAGCGACUAUUAUACAGCCAGCUAUAGUAUCGAAGCAAUUGAAGGUUGAAGGUUUCUUAGUAUGGCGUUGGGAGGAUUGGAAUGCGGCAUUCGUGGAUUUAGUGAAGUGGAUCAAGAGUGGCCAGUUAAAAACUCAAGAACAUGUAACCGAAGGUUUUGAUAAACUUUAUGAUGCUUUCAUUGGUAUGCUCGCUGGUGAGAACAAAGGAAAAGCUGUGGUGAAAGUUUAA